AUGGUCAAGUUUAUUUAUUGUUGGACAGUUUUAAUACUGGUGGCCAUUUCGGAGGCACAGGAUUCGGAAGAAACUGUCGCUGUGGAAAGUUCUGUAGGGGAUUUAACUGAGGAUAAAUGCAACAAGAAUCGAGACGGUUGCUGUUCAGAGCUUUAUGUAGGUGAAGAGGAGGACCUGGUCAAGUGUUUCGUUAUACACUCGUCCAAAUUACCGGAGGAUGGGGACAGCGAUGUGGGCAAGACCCUGAGGUUUCUAUCGUGCUUUGUGGAGUGCCUGUACAAGCAAAAGAAGUACAUUGGCAAGAGCGACACUAUAAACAUGAAGAUGGUCAAGCUGGAUGCGGAGAAGAUGUAUGAGGAUCGUCCGAAGGAGAAGGAGUACCACAUUGAAAUGUACGAUCACUGCCGAAAGGAUGCAGUGGGCGUUUACAAUCUGCUGAAGGCAAGUCCCGGGGCUAAGGUUAUCCUGAAAGGAGCCUGUCGUCCCUACCUACUAAUGGUGUUCAUGUGCAUGAGUGACUACCAUCAGAAGCACGAGUGUCCUUAUUUCCGCUGGGAGGGUUCCGCCAGUGCGGGAACAAAGGAUCAGUGCGAGGAUGCCAAGUCCAAGUGCUAUCUAAUAGAUGGAAUAACACUGCCCAAAAAGAAUCCCAUCUAA